AUGGAAUCACGGGGGAACGAAAGGCUCGAGAUGAGCUGCAUCGCCGUCGCCUUCGCCGCCGGCGACAGCUUCGUCGACUAUAUCGUCGGUAUCGACAACGCCAAAGAGCUUGAGGAACAGAGGCGGAGCGAGCAGGAGACUCUGGGUAAGGACCCAAUAACCAAUCUUGUGUCCGCAUUUCUUCCAUAUCUGCCUCCCGGUUCCAUCGAAACACCGACCUGGAUCGGGAUAUCUUCUUCGACCAGCACCUUUUCACCCACGACGACCUAUACCAGACCUCAGUCUUUAAUAACGGAGACGAGGUCCAAGUUUACUUAUUCCACAGGUAAAAAAACCUCCAGAAAGAAACGCAGAAAUCUGGUCGGGGGUCCUAACGAUCCCCAAGACACUAGUGAAUCCACCACGAGGCCAAUUACGACUAUACCUACCACUUCUUGGUCGUCUUCUACUACUACUACUACUUCAUCUUCUAUUUCGUCCAAUCCAUCAACAACCUCAACUUCAUCCAAUACAGAGACGACGACUUCCACAUCUUCAGGGGCUCCUAACACCACCGGCACGGGCAGCGUUUCCCCUGGCCAAGGGUCGAAUUCCGACAUUGAUGGCGGAUCUCAUGGCUCCGGGGGCAAGCCGUCCCCGGGAAUAAUCGUUGGGAGCGUGGUUGGCAGCGUGCUCGGAGCAGCAUUACUUGUGGCGCUUCUGAUAUGGCUCUGCAAAACUCGCACGAGGAAGGACAAGGCGGGCAAGAAACGAGACUCCAACAAUUCCAAGCCCAACGAGAAGGAUUGGAGGCCCCAGGACAGCUUUGCGCCAUCACCCAAAACAAGCAGGGUCAACCUACCAAAUCACAGUCAGAUGAGAAACUCGAGGCGAUGGGGAUAUACACCCCGCCCGGGUGUCCGGGGAUAUACACCUCGUAUCGACAGUCGACAGAGCGGCGCCAAUUCCCUUCGACCUUCAUUUAUGGAGCAAAUACAAAACCGUGGACGUAGCCCGUUGGGUUACGCCCCUGUCAUCCAAGCGCCGGAGGAUGCAGGCAGCAUCCAUAGUUCAUCAGAUUCUGGAGAAGUCUAUCACACAACCGAUUGGGUAAUGGGCGCCCAGAAGGAUCGUGACUCUGACGCAGACUCGAACACUCUCGGAUUGGGUCUACACAGGAGCUCAGAAAGCACCUCUUCGUCUGUGUCAUCAGACUCAUCCUUCCCAGUACAAGGGCGGUCUCUUACCAACACCCUAAAACCUCUACCUCCUAUUCCUCCCCCGAUUCUACCCCCUAUCCCAAUCUCUCCUCCUAUUCAGACACCAAUCGUCCCACUCAAGAGCCCCCGACGGCUAGGGAAGAUGCCCGCCGGAGUCUCAUCUAGCAGCAACCCAAAUCGCCACGGGUUCCUCAGUCCACGAACAGGACCACUCCGAAGUGAGUACCAAUCGGAUAAAUACGACUUGGACGCUGCACGAUGGAGGGAGGAAAGAAACCAGCAGUACGGUGGCCAGGAUGACCUUGUCAGCAGAAUCAGCUCUGACGGUUCCGGUCACUCCAUCAAGUCGCCGAUGACUGUGAGCAGUAUUGGCGACUGGGACCUUGGGACCGGACCUCCAGCCGGAAUGUCCUACUCUUACUGGGGCCAGCAAAACACCCCCCGUCGAUAA